CUGCUUAUAUUGAAUUUCUGAAUCUGACUUCUAAAUAAAUAAUGUUUUGCUUAAAAGAGUAACAAACGUGUAGUGUCAUAUUUAAAAAUUUAAAUAGAUAGGGGAAGUAAUGCUGUACAAAAUUUCUGCUACAAGUGCAGAAAAUUUAUGAACGUUUAAAAUUAAAAUGAAAAAUAAAAAAUAUGCAGAUGCACAAAUUGAAAAUGGAGUUAAAUUGAAAAGAAAUAGAUUUUCCAUUUCUUCCGAAAGAGCUUCUUCAAUUUCCGCUAAACCUAAAAUCAACAAAUUAGUAAUGAAAUCACACGCAAAAAUUAACACCAAAUGUAAAGAAAAUCAGGUAUUAGAAAAAUGCCUUAAACAAAAUAUUGCCAAUAUAUCAGAGUUUACAAUAAUAACACCUCAAGUAAGUCUUAUAUCUCCCAUUGCAGAUGAUGAACCAAGUACAAGUAAAUCGUUAGAUAUAGAAUUGGAAUUUCCAGUUACUCCUUUAGAACAUGCAAUAAACGAGGACCUUGAUACAAAAAGUUUGCCAAUAAUUGUUAAAGCUAAUCUUAAAAAAUCAUCAAGUUACUAUAUUCCAAAAGUUUUAAAAUGCGAGAAGGAAAUCAAAAAAGAAUCAGAAAAAUCUGAAAAAACUGUAAAAGAAACAUCUGAAAGUGUAAAAACUAUCGAUAUAGCAGAUUUCAAUUCUAAUAAUUCGAUGGUAUUUACGCAAAAUUUACAUUGUAAUAUUCCAAAAGCAUUACAGGACUUUUAUAAUGAAAUUACUGAAGAAAUUGAGCCAAAAACAGAGGAAUCGUCGCAAGUUAAUAAAAAUUUAGAAAAAACAUCUGAAUCAAUUGUGAAUACAUCGGAUAGGUAUUCUAAUCAUUUGAUGGAUAUUGCAUCAACGAAUACAGCUUCCCUAGAAAAUCUGUCUUUGAUAAAUCAAAAACAUAUAAUACAGUUUUUUUCGUUAGAAAAUAAAGUUAUUGUAAUACUUAGCCCCAGUGCUAAAUUUUCGUUUCUAGGAAAACUAAAAUUACAAGUAUUAUAUGGCGCUGUUCAACUUUAUGGUGCUAUAUUUAGUUCUCAAAAUACAAUGAAACCAGUAGAAAUUUAUUCACCUAGAGGAUACAGUUCCAUUGAUAUUUCAAUUUUUGAUUUAGAUAAAACAUAUGAUAAAGAAGCCUUAUGGGAUGCUUUAACAAUUGAAGGUGUUGACAGAUCUUUAUUUACUACGUUACACAGUGCUAUUAAUGCAUGCAAACGUGGAUGGUCAGUUAUUUUAUUACAAAAUUUAACAAAUACUUUAACCAAUUUUUUAAACAAAUUCUACAAAUUUAAACUAUUUCCAAAAGUAGAAAAUAUGUGGUAUUCAUGGAAUGAUCCAAGAAGAGCUGAAUAUGUAUUACAAGCUAAUUUCCAAUGUGAUAAUUCACAGAAGGAAAUAUCAAUUUGUCCUCAAUGGAACACAACUAUAACCGAACAGCUAGUAAAUCAGUGGAAUAGUACUAAAGCCUUCUGUACAAUAAUUGUUGGUGGUAAAAGUGUUGGCAAGUCCACAACAGUUCGUUAUUUGAUUAACAACUUAUUAAGACAUUCGAAGAAGGUAAUACUUCUUGAUCUAGAUCCAGGACAAACUGAAAUGACACCAGCAGCUUCUGUAUCGUUAAAUGUUUUAGAUGAACCAUUGUUGGGACCAAAUUUUACACACGUUAAAAAACCAUUUUAUCAAUUAUAUAUAGAAGAUAUAAGUGUUGAAAAUUCUAUAUCUCGAUACAUUAUAUGUAUUAAGAAAAUGCUUCGACAUCUCAAGAAUAAUAAAGAUCUUAGUCAGUAUCCUGUUGUUGUAAAUACAAUGGGAUUUUGCAAAGGAAUUGGACUUGACAUUUGUAUUAUCCUUAUAAAACUAAUUGAACCAACCAAUGUCAUACAAAUUCAAUCAAGCAGAACAAUAAAUAAUUUUAAAUUUUCAUUAACAAAGCAAAUUAUUAAUAAAUAUAAAACAGCUAACAGAUUAUGGAUUAAUGAUGAUGAAGUAAUGAAUAAAGUUUGUAAUUAUAAAUGGCAUUGUACAUUUUCCAAAGCUGAAGGAAAAAGACAAUUUAAUAAUUGGAAUAUUGAACCGCGACAGCAACGCGAGCUUAUGUUACUUGCAUAUCUUAGUCAAAUUAUGGAAAACGCUGAUAAACAGUUUUUAAAUUAUACAUGGACCAAAAUCACUGAUAUAAUUCCAUAUAAAUUACCAUUUUCAGCUUUUUGUAUAUCUUUACAAAAAUCAAGCGUCGCAUCAACUCAUAUACUUGCAGCUAUGAAUGGAAACAUCAUCGCUUUAUGCGGAGUUGACUUGGACAAUUAUACUUCUACAAAUUAUAAAAAUUCUUCAAUUUAUCCAAAGGUUCUAAUGGAACCACCACCAUACACGUGUUAUGGAUAUGGUAUUGUACGCGGCGUCAACCUGAAGCAACGUUGCAUCGAGUCAGAGCUGCAACAGGUAAAUCUGUUGGCGGGGUGUAUGACGAUGCCAUUCGCAUUGCAAUGCUCUGAUAAACCAACGGGCAUCCCGUACGCAGGCAAUCAGGGUGGACUGCCAACGAGUCGAGAAGCGCGUCGCGGCUACUACCGCAGCAACCAAACAAAAUUCGUCAACCACUAAUAAUAUAUUUACAACAGCUAUGAGACUUCUCAUUUUUGACCAGUCGACUUAAAUUGAAUUGCAAACCAUAUUCAUUUGAUCAAUUAUCCCGUUGUAUCGCGAAAUUCUUUCAUCGUUUAAAGAUGAAGCAGCUUCGUAACUUCGGUCCCGAUGCAACAGUAUAAGCUAUAACGU